AUGCGGUUCCAGGUAGCAAUUGCGGUUGCGAGCGCCUGUAGUGCCCUCGCCAACCCAUAUGCUGUGCGCCAGCGUAGUAUUGUUAGCGAGAUCAAGGACUCGUACGACUUUGUUAUUAUCGGGGGCGGCCAGGCCGGUCUUGUGCUUGGAGGCAGACUCAGCGAAGAUUCAAAUCACACCGUCCUCGUUCUCGAAUCGGGGGAGAAUGGCGAUGACUACCGCCAGCGCAUAGACACGCCAGCAUAUUCUUACUUUGACUCACUAUGGGUGACACCGCUGAACUGGGAUUUCAAGACGUCCCCCCAGCCUGGCGCAAAGGACCGAGAGAUGACAUGGCCACGCGGGAAGGUACUGGGAGGCUCUUCUGCCAUCAACGGCCUGUAUCUGAACAAGCCCGGCGAGAUCGAGAUCAACGCUUGGCAGGAUAUGUUGGAGGACAUGGACGGUGCUGACUAUUGGGGUUGGAACAACUUCGAUAACGCCAUCAAAAAGAGCGAGACCUUCACGGCGCCCCUCGACUACAUCGUCUCGCAGUCAGAUGCUCUCUUCACCAUUGACGACCAUGGAAGCAAAGGUCCCAUUCAAGCCUCCUACCCCGCCUGGAUGCCUGAACAGAAUGGCGCCUGGAAUCUGGCUCUCAACAACAUGGACGUUCCUCCGGCGAAAGAUACCUAUGGCGGCAAGAACGCUGGCGGUUACAUUUCCACCUCAUCGAUUGACCCUGCCACCUGGAAGCGCUCCUAUAGCCGCACAGGCUAUCUCGAUGCGCUGCCGCCGCGACCCAACUACGACGUUCUCGCCAAUGCCCACGUUACACGCAUCGUUUUCGACAGCAAAUCCCCUAAAAACAAUUUUACCGCAAACGCCGUCGAGUACUCUCAAGAUGGUGGUGCCACCAAGAAAACAGUCAGCGUCAAGAAGGAGGUGAUUGUUGCCUCGGGCAGCGUGGGUAGUCCCGCAGUGUUGAUGCAUAGUGGAAUCGGACCCAAGGAUGUGCUCUCUGAGGCGGGCGUUGAUCUGGUACACGAGCUUCCGGGCGUUGGUCAAAAUCUCCAGGAUCAUCUCCUCGCCACCGUCUACUGGAAUACAACGACCAAAACCCCCGGUGCCGUCUGGGUCGACGACAGCGAUGAGCAGCGCAACGACACCUCAUUCCUUUCCUUUGUCAACGACGCCGUCGCCUACCUCAAUGGCGAUCGUAUCUUCGGUGAUGGCUUCCAGAAAUUUCAGGAUAGCGUGACCUCCCAGAUGUCCAAGUCCAACCCUACGGGAACCACGGACAAGAACGUCACCGCCGGCUACCGUGCCAUUUACAACACCACCGCUUCGGUCAUCCUUCCUUCAGAGCAGGGACAGAUUGAACUCCUCCUGGUUACCUCGGCCCUUGACGGUACUGUUGGCAUCACCGCUGCUCUGCAGCACCCUCUGUCUCACGGCGCCAUCACCAUCGCCUCAAACAACCCGAUCGAUUACCCUGUCAUCAACCCAUCCUACCUCUCACACCCGGCAGACGUCACGAUGCUUCGUGAAGGUCUCAAGCUCGCACGCAAACUCGGUGAGACGUCGCCUAUGAAGGACACUCUCACCGCCGAGGUCACCCCUGGCACCGACGUGCAAAGCGAUGCCGACUGGGAGGACUGGAUGCGCGAAAAGGUCGACACCGAGUUCCACCCUUCAUCGUCCUGCGCCAUGCUACCCCUGAGCCAGGGCGGUGUUGUCGACGCAACGUUGAAAGUCUACGGCACGUUCAACGUGCGUGUCGCUGACGCAAGCGUCCCGCCUAUCGCGUUCAGUGCGCACUUGGUCGGAAGCACCUACGGUAUCGCGGAGACUGCAAGCGACAUCAUCCGAAGGUGGUGGAAUCUGCCGCGGCCGAGGAAAGACACCUCCAAAGGCAACAAAGAUAAUAAUAAGACCAACAGCGACGGCAACACGUCGAAUAACGAUGGCAAUGACAGUGCUGAGAGCUCCGGCUCCAGCUCCAGCGACAAUGCUGGAAACGGCAACGCCGCAUCCAUGGCUCAACCUUUUGGCAUUGCAGCUCUUUCGGCCGCGUGGGCCAUGGUCAUGGUGCUCGUGUGA